AUGUUCAUACAUUGGAACCAAGAGAUCCGGAAAAUGUUGUUUCAAUGCAACAAUUCUCCUGGACAGUGUAUCAAAGUCUAUUAUGAGCGUCUUAUUCAAAAACCAUCGGAAGAAAUUCAACGGAUCACCAAUUUUCUAGACCUCCCAUAUUCAGCACAAAUGCUCAAACAUCAUGAGCUAAUAGGUGCAGAGGUCGACCUCAAUGAUCAAGAAUUCUCAGCAUCCCAAGUGAAGCAUUCUAUCAACACAGACGCCUUAACUUCAUGGUUCGACUGUUUCAGUGAGGAGACUCUUCAGAAAUUAGACGAUUUGGCGCCGUUUUUGAGUAUAUUGGGAUAUGACACAUCAGCGGCGAAGCCGGACUAUUCAAUGUUUGCAGAUGAUAAUUUUUAUCAAUUCAGAAAUGCAUAUUCUUAA